AUGAUGAUGAAUCUGGUCACUUCUGAUGAGGCUUCGAGCCAUUCGUAUGCUGCCGCGUGCAUCCUUUCGGUGGUUUCGGCACGAAUGGUGGACUCGAGCACUCUGGACUUCCAGGUUCUCAGAUUGCUUGUCAAUGGAAGUUGUCAACGUCAGCCUGCACUGGACAUAAGGCCACCCGCUGACGACGGUAACACGUCUCCCGCCCGGUCUUACUCCUGGGGCAAGGCGGGAAGGUGGUCCCGAAUCGGUGACUUCAGCUCCUUCGGUUCCUGGAAGUUCCUGCUCCUCGCCGUUCGGUGCCUUCCUCCUAGGUUUAGAUCCUCUGCUCCUUCCUCCGCCUUUCCUCCACUACGGUCCUGCCCGGGACGGAGCCUGGACUUGUUACCUGUAUCACCUCAGGCAACACUCAGAAUAAGAGAUCCGGAGGCCUAUAGACUCAGAGACACCGGCGUCGGCCCAUUUCAUUGCAUUUCGCCCCGCCAUUUUGUCUUACACCCAUCCUGGAAACCAACGCGGGAUCGUCUUCCCCUUCACCUCACUUUCUCAACGCCUGGGCGAUCACUGAUCUUGGGCCAAGACACAUCAACGCCAACCCGCUUUGCCUCCCGUCGUUGCUUCUUUCAACUUCCGCCUGCUUCACACCAUCGCAUCGCCUUCCUUGAUUUGCCUCAUGUUGGUCGCAACCGCGCCGUAAUUGCCGUUCCCAUUCCCUGA